UUAAGAUUUGGGGUGGUUAUUGAACGCCACUCUACUGAUUCCUUCGCUCACCGCCAACCAUUUUCCAUCCAAAAUUUUCCAAACUCCAAUUCUCUGCUCUGCUUUCAUGUCAAAUAACCAUACUUCAAUCAUAUCCCUCCUUCGAAUUUCUUUAUUUCUUCAAUUAUGCCGGGAACCAUACGAGUUUCAGUUCUGGAGUUCAUGGACCUCCCUAGCCUAUUCCCUUCCCCAAUAUCCGUUAAGGUUUCCAUGGGUAAAAGACAUUAUGAAACCUCGGACAAAGGAGACUUCUCAUUUCCAUUGACAACGCUUCGAGAUGAUGUGAUUCUUAUAGUUCAGGAUGGUGAAGGGAACGAGAUAUCACGUGCAGGUGUUCAGGCAAAAUCAAUAGUUGAGAAAGGUUACUGGGAUGAUCAUUUUCCUCUUGAAGGAGGAGGCCGCGUGCAUUUGCAGUUCCAGUUUGCUCUUAGUGAAGAUGAUCGCAGUCGAAUUCGAAUGAUGCGAGAAACCGCUUUGAGAAGAAAACAGACUGAGCGUCAAGAUAGAAAUCUCAAAAGCUCUGGAAGCAGCCUUGCAUCAUCCUUUUAUCUAAACCCUGAGUUCUCAGAUUCGCAAAAAUGUCUUCUUCAAAUUGGAGAUCUAAGUGGUAAAGAAGCAGCUCACCAAGCUCCCUCAGCAUCACCCGAAAAUAUCCCUGAUGAGAGACCGGUUGCUGAAAACACAAACGAUAUUCACCUUGAUCAGAAUCAACAACUUUCAGUUGAGAAUAAUGCAGAUAGAAAUGAAGAUAAUCCAUCAACAGUUACUCUGUUGCAAGUAGAUAAUACUAAAUUAGUUGAGAGUAUAGUGACACAGUCACCUCAUGUCAACAAACCUUCACCAGUCGUUCAUUCAGAAGAAAAUUUGUUCCAUUCUCAAGGCUCCGAGCUCUCCAAUUCUCCAGCAAAAGGUGAAGACAAGACCCUCGAUUCUGCGAAGGCACCACCACGUGGGAGAACUCCCAGCAAUGUUAAAAAAGUAAUAAGUGCCUUUGAAAGUAGCCUAACUCAGGAUACAAAACCCCGCAUUAAACCUACCAUAAGAAAUACUCAACAUGUAGUAGAAAAGCAGCCAUCUCUGGAAGUUGUGCAGUCAAAGAAAGCCACUGAGGAACAGAAACGUAAAGUCAUUGAGGCUUUAGAUGGGACUAGAUUAUCUGAGGACCCUAGGCAAUCACGAAAGUUGAAGGGGAAAAUAAAUCAAAUUGGGGGAGAAAAUCUGAGUGAAAAGGAUAAAUUCCACAAGGAGUAUGAUGAUAACAAUGCAACGAAUGAUGAAACUUAUCAAAAGUUGCCAAACACAACCAAAUGGGAGAGAGAUACAGAUUCAGAGAGAGUGAUGGAUGCACAGCAACCAUCUACGUCGAUGGAUGAGAAGCCAGUGUACGAUAGAAAUUCAAUAACAGGUGAAAGUAAAAUGCAAGGACCCGCCCGAAAUUCGCAAGAAGUCAAUACUACAGGUACUUCGGCCAAGGAAGUUGAAUCAGUGUCACGUGUGAAGGAUGAGAAACACCGUUCCAAAAGGUCUGGUGGCUGGAUAUUUCCAGAUGAAGGAAGGCGGCUGUGUGUCACAACAGGUGGUAAUCAGAUGCUAGAUAUGGUGGGAGGUCGCACUAGUUAUACAUUUGUGCGUAAAGGAGAGAUGAAGAUUUCCAUGGAAGAGAAUAGAAGUACCUCGGAAACGAAGGCGAAUGGGGGCAAGCAUAAUUACCAGAAAAUGAUCAAACCAGAGAGUUCGGAUGAUGUAAAACCUUCCGAAGGACCACUUGCCAAUGCCUUGAAAGUUGCAAUAAUGAUUGGGUUCGGGACUCUCGUUCUCCUUACCAGACAAAAGAAAAAGAAGAAAUAACCCGUUGGGUGAAGGAUCUACACCAAUGGUCUUCGAGGGAUGGAAGCUAUUACUUCCACAAAUUCCAAUCCAUCUUUAUUUUCUCAUUCCUUUUCUUUUCUUGACCACAUAUGCCUAUUAACAAAUUUUUGGUCUUCAAUACAGAUACUGUGUCAUUAAUGUAUUUGUAAUUUCUUUCUUCACUACCCAAUUGUAUAAAUUUUCGUCUUACAUUAGUGAAUCCACUUUUAUAUUUU